GAAAGGGAGGAGAACCAUUCAUCACCGAGACCAGAAAAGCGAGAACAACGGCAGCGGCGGGAGGAUGGGAACGGCGUCACUGAAGCGCUGCUGCCUCCUCUUCUCGUCCCCCAUCUCUCCCUUCUUCGCCGCGACAUUUAGACGCCAACUCCCCGCCCCCGACUUUUCUUCCCUCAUCCUCGCAUCGAAGAGGCUAAAAAAUCCCUCCUUUUCUCGAACCCUCUCCUCUUCUUCCCGUGCAUCGAGUUCGCAAGCCGUCUUCUGUGGCGUCGCCAAUGGGACGACGCCUAUUCCGGCGGAGACGAAGCCGUCUCCCGAGCUUUACCUCUUUAAUACCAUGACCAAGGAGAAGGAGCUCUUCCGGCCGAGGGUCCCUGGUAGGGUGGGCAUGUACGUCUGCGGCGUCACCACCUACGACCUCAGCCAUAUCGGGCACGCGAGGGUCUAUGUCACCUUCGAUGUUCUUUACCGGUUUCUGAAGCAUCAGAAGUACGAUGUUUGUUAUGUGCGGAACUUCACUGAUGUUGAUGACAAGAUUAUUGCCAGGGCAAAUGAACUGGGGGAAGACCCUUUAAGUCUGAGCAGUCGCUAUUGUGAUGAAUUUCACAGUGAUAUGGCUUACCUUCAAUGCUUGCCUCCAUCUGUUGAACCAUGUGUUUCUAAUCAUAUGAAUCAAAUUAUAGAUAUGAUUAAGCAGAUUCUUGAUAAUGGUUGUGCCUACAUAAUUGAUGGAGAUGUCUACUUUUCGGUUGACAAAUUCCCGGCUUAUGGUCGACUAUCUGGAAGGAAAUUAGAAGAUAAUCGAGCAGGAGAAAGGGUUGCUGUGGAUUCAAGGAAGCAAAAUCCUGCUGAUUUUGCUCUAUGGAAAUCUGCCAAGGAUGGAGAACCAUACUGGGAGAGCCCUUGGGGACCAGGAAGGCCAGGGUGGCAUAUAGAAUGCAGUGCCAUGAGUGCAGCAUAUCUAGGGCACUCAUUUGACAUACACGGUGGAGGGAUGGACCUUGUGUUUCCUCACCACGAAAAUGAAAUUGCACAGAGCUGUGCUGCCUGCAGCAAGAGUAACAUAGGUUACUGGAUACACAAUGGAUUUGUCACUGUGAAUGAAGAAAAGAUGUCAAAAUCACUCAAAAACUUUUUCACCAUUAGACAGAAUUUUCAGGUCAUAGAGCUUUAUCACCCACUAGCCUUGAGGUUCUUCUUAAUCGGCACACAUUACCGGUCUCCAAUUAACUACUCGAUGACACAGCUUGAUAUAGCUUCUGAUCGAUUGUUUUAUAUAUAUCAGACAAUUUGUGAUUGUGAAGAGACUUUUCAUCAGCAUCAUGGAAAUGAUCUUAAAGAUUCUUUACCACAAGACACUCUUCAGUGCAUCCAGAAACUUCAUUUGGAUUUUGAGAGUUCAAUGUCAGAUGAUCUGCACACUCCUGUUGCGUUAGCUUCUAUAUCUGAACCUUUAAGAAUCAUCAAUGAUCUUCUGCACACACGGAAGGGGAGGAAGCAAGAGUUGAGAAUAGAGUCCCUUUCAGCUAUGGUAAAGGAAAUCAAGAAUCUUCUGGGUAUUGUCGGAUUGGCACCUUCAAAUUACUCUGAGGUACUGCAGCAGUUGAGGGAGAGGGCUCUAAGAAGAGUCGGACUUACAGAAGAUGAGCUCUUGCUAAAAAUUGAUGAAAGAACCACAGCCAGGAAAAAUAAACAGUAUGACAAGUCCGAUGAAAUCAGGAAAGGGUUGGCUGCCAUUGGCAUCACUCUCAUGGACAGCCAUACCGGAACAACUUGGAAGCCUACCAUCCCGCACGAUGUCCAUGAACAUGCGAGUGCAAUGUGAUCACCUUGUAAUUUGACCUGAUGGUGCAGGCUUGUAUGCAGUAGUAAUUUUGGUAGCAGAAGCUUUUUCAGCUAUUCCACAGGUCUGAGCAAUUUUCUACAGCCACAGCUGGUCAAUUUCCAAUCGUUGCAUACAGAAGUCAUUUGCUUCAAAGUAUUAAUCAUAUGUAUCGUAUAACUGGAAAAAGAAGUGCAUAAUCUUGGGUUGACAGGAUCGUAAAGAGUGGUGAAGUUGACUUGGUCUGCCUAAAUUCUUUUUUUUCUUUGUUUACUGUGUAACUCUUUUUGCUUUAUAAAUUAUUUUUGAUCAGCUCUUCAGGCAAAAGGAUUGAUAUCUGAGCUGGUUUUCUCAAA